AUGGUCCUGAAGGCCUCUAAACAACAUGUCGAUAAUUGCCUGCACCUGCAACUGUACCGAGACCCGAAGGACCGCUAUAAGAAAGGCCAGACGAAAGCUUCGCUCUCCCUGCAACACUUUCUAGGCUUUGAGUCUGGCUUCACUCUCGACAAGGAGUCAAAUACUAUUGCCAUCAUCUGCCAAGAUGUGACUGUGGUGUUAGCCUUCGAGACAAGAGAAAGGCUAAUAGCCUGGCAGGUGAAGGUAGGGGGACAGCUCGGCUCCUCGAAGGAGUUCCUGGUGAUGAUCGGCAGUGGAGGCUCCAAGAAGCUGCCGGCUGGUCCUGCCAGGAUGCACCUUCAAGGAAGGAGGUUUGCUCUGACAAGUGGAGUGCCACCUCGUUUACUGGGAUUAUGGGAGCUGGCACAUUUGAGGCGUUACGGAGUGGUGGAGGGGCGGUUCUGCUUCGAAGGCGGGUCCCAUUGCGGCAAGGGAGAGGGUCUGCACAUGCUGAUCACUGACCAGGCGCAGGAUAUUACUGAUGCCUUUGAUACGGCCGCUCAGAGCACACUGCAAAGGACACCAGCCGCAUCUCGUAAAAAUACAGGGACUAAGACGCGGCCCAGUACUCGUCUAUCAGACUUCAACUCCACGGAACAGUCGCUACCAGAUAACGCCAGUGCUCUGUAUGAAGAGAACUUCUUUGGAGAAGAUUGUGGAGGGGUUUCACCCUGCUGGCCUUCAGACGAAAGGCGACUUUAUGAUUACGACCCAGAAAUCGUUGCCAGACCACCUUGGACAGGAGCUGAUCACGUUACCUUAGAACGUUGUAAUAAUUGCCUCACUAAACUCGGUGCGAUAUCUCGUUCCUCAACAGUGGCGCUCACUCCUGGCACUACAUUUAACCCGGCGUGGACGAUGGAGGCUGUCCCUGAGAGCAGUUCUGAUAAUUCCUCAAACAGUACAGAGUAUUUAACGCCAAGAGCAAUUAAAAAGAGUUUAGAAGCAUGUCAGUGUCAAGAUAAGGCACCUGAGAGACCACCCAAGCCAGCACGCCUAGACCAGAAGAAGCCGCCUGCACCACUGCCGGUACAAGCCUGUUCUUGUAGUCUGAAUGAUAACCACACUACAAACAAUCCUAAAGUAGGACCUUAUGAAAAUUACGAUGUUCCUAAAACUACGCACACUGAAAUUGAUCCCUCUGAACAUUAUGACACACCAAAAAGGAUAAAACAAGCGCUAGCAGACGACCUCUUCAAAGUUACAAACAGUUCAGCCCCAGGUUCCUUAGUUCUAAAGAAAAAUUGUGGUUGCAUAUUAAAGUUUGCUUCCAAAAAGAAAGCAGUCAUUGUAGAAUGUGAAGAAAAUAUACAACCUGUAGAAUGUCCUUGCCAAAAGGUCACAAACUGGGCAAAUAAUCUCAUCAGUCUUCCGUAUUGUAAAAGGACAACUGGCGAACAGAUCAGCACAGAAGUUCUCACGCAUCAAAAAUCCGAAGAAAUGGCUUUAUAUGCUACCAUAGACGUUACGAGAAAAACCAAUAGACAAAGUGCAGUAAGUGCAGACAGAGACAACACAAAUGACUGUCCUGUUGAAACACAAUUUACCAACUAUCAAAACAUAGAACCUACAGAGGAGGAAAAAUUCGAAGGACCCUACGCGAACUACGAAAAUUUAGAGUUUGCUUUAUCUUUAGAAUACUAUGAAAACGCUAAAGACUUACUGAAGAGAGCAGGAGUUACACAGAAUGAGUUAGACGCGCUGAGCGCCAACAUAGACUUAGCUGUAAACUCGCUGCCAAAGAAACCUAAACUCUGCACUAAAUGUGGACACUCACAAAGUGCUCUGAACAAAGUAGAUACGAAGAAGAAUCGAAACGAUGAAUAUUUACUCAUGGAACCUACGAAUGAAAUAAAACAUGAGUUCUGCAGUAAAACGUUAGGGCCUAAUCCAGGAUACACACCGAUGUCACCAAAUCCAAAUUGGUCACAGAGUUUAAAACAUCCUAUGCAUAAACAUAGGAUAGAGAUCGAGAAAUCACUAAGCAUACCUACACUAACUGGGAACGAAAAUAGAAUUUCAGUCUUUGGAGCAGCCAACAAUAACAAAGAAGCUAUGCAGAAACGAUCGAGUUCCGUAGACUCAGCAAGACUACUUGAAGACUUGAAAGAAUUUGACAGCAGCAUAGGAAGCCAUGCCACAUCAUCGUCACUAGAAACUUUAAGGAAUCUGGCUAUUGAGAAUAGAAGAACUUCAUCACCAUGUGAAAACGAAGCAGAAUGUUAUGACUGCUGCAAGUCAUCAGGAUCUGAGAAUAAAACAUCAGAAGAGAGUUGCUCCAAAGAAAUACCACAUUUACGGAAUAAGCUGAUGGAUAACGCACAAAUCAAAAGGUCGUCAAGCGUUCCUUGCAAAUCUGGUGGAAACAGGGAUUCUUCUAGUUCAAAUGAUUCAGGAGUGUCGAGUUGUUCCAUGAAGCAUGGCGGUCCGGACUUCAAUGAGUUUGAAAUGCCUUUAACGUCAGGACAUUCACGGUACCACUACAUGGUUCACAAAAGGAUGCGAGGAAAUCUAUCUGGCUGUGUGCACUCCUCAUUACCGAGGAAGUCAAAGUCAUCAGAUCCAUUAAGAGAUAUGUCGAUGCAGUUGCACAAGACUGCAGUGCCGGCGAAGUCUUCAUCCGCUGAGGCUGAAGUUCCAGUUUUACCUCCCAAGCAAUUUAAAGGUGUAAUGGACACGCACAGCACGUCGAGCGGCACGUCGGAUAUGUCGGACUACAUCGAAACGCUCUCUAUGACGUCAUCGCACUCCUCCUCAGACACUAACACGGGAAUGAGAUUAAGCCGCCAGCCCACCAACACGCUUCGGCCGCGCUCCGGCAAGGAGUACCACAACCUGGACCCCAUCAUCACGUCGAUGUACAAGAACGGCAAGGACCUCGCCAACUACACCAACAUACCAUAGACCACCACCAUUACGAACCACACUUUAUAUUGUUUAUUUAAGUCUGGACUUCAGUACCAUGUCUCAGCUUUUUUAUUUUUAUUUUUUGAGGAAUAUGAAAGUUGAGCCAUGGUGUGUCUAAGGCCUUAGUCAUACUGUUUCUAGUCACCACGAUGUAGCGAACUGUUUUCAUAAUGUUUCUUAGCCAUUUGUUACCUACUUUAGUAAUACUUUACGACAGUGCUCAAGUUAUACCCUUUUGUUACCCCUAACUAUUAUUUAUCUACGCAUAUAAGACUGAAUGUUUAAAUUAUCACUUAAUUUAUUUAAAAACGAAAUCUAAUCUAGUCAUCAUCCGAAAAUGUAAUAUUUAAUGUAAAAUAAGUGUUUACGUUUAGCGUAAAUGUAAAGCUGUAAAAAUUUUGGAUAAUUUUUAUUAAACAACGAUUAAUUUUUAAACAAUUUAUAGUUACUAGUUCAUAAUGCGCAUUUUAUACGAAGUUUUACUGAAAAUAGAUUUCUUCGUAUUGUGAUACGUCGGAAACAAAAACUAUCUGGAUUUCGAUUUCCAAACUGUGCAAACUGAUUAUUCAGUCAACACAAGCUUUAGAAAAUCAACGAGCAUUUUCCCUGAAACCCAAAAAAGUUGCAACGUUAACCGCAGCAAAACCAUUUAAUCGACCGUUCCGAUGCAACCAUAUCAGGUAACACCGACUAACGCGCUACGCUUUCGUAGCUCGCUACGAAUAUCGGUCUCGUAGUCGGACUCGUAGCACAUUUGCUACGACCGUAGCCAUCUGACAUAUCACAAUACAGACAAACAUCUUGUAAAUUUGAUAUAAUCCUAUAAUACGAUUUGUUGCAGCAAUAAGUAUAAAGUUCCCAGAGAGUAGUGUUAUCGUCGGUUAAGAUGUGACUUGUUCUAUUGUAAGGGUCGUGUUAAGGUUAUGUGGCCAUCAAACGAGCUUUUUAUGUACGCUUGCUGUGUGAUUGGACUAUCAAACGUGAAGAAAAUAUGAUAUUGCGGAUUUAACUUGACAUGAAAAUGUUUAUCUUAAAAAUCUUUUGUUUGGAAAUAUCUUUAAAACAAUAUUUUAUUUUGUCCAAUCACAUAUCGAGCAGUUGUGGUGGGAAUGCGUGCAAUACCGCGGAAGGCAUGUUUACGAUAUAUCUAUAUAUCUGUAGUAUUUUCGCUAGCUCAUAUACUACCCACAUACCAGGCUGUAUAUCAUCCUCGAUCUAAAUGUAUACCUUAUACAUAUGAAUAAACAUUA